GGGAAUGGCGAGCACUUGUGGCGGAUAGGUCCACACACUGCUGUCCUGAUUUUGUUUCAGAUGGCGGACAGAUAGGGAUGGUGGCUCUCGUCCUUUCCAUCGGUGUUUGCUGGUUCAUCAGAGAUUGCCUAAAAGUGGAAGGCCUGAGGGGGAAGUAUGUCGUCAUCACUGGAUGUGAUAGUGGCUUUGGCCAUGCCCUGGCUAAGUACCUCGACCAGAAAGGAUUCCGCAUCAUUGCUGCAUGUCUCUCAAAGGAAGGGAGCCAGGAGCUACUGACCAACACUUCCUUGUCAUUACAAACUGUGGAGCUUGAUCUAACGGACCCUGGCAGUAUUGACAAGGCUGUGGAGUUUGUGCGGGCAGAAACUGAGGGUGUAGGACUGUAUGGCUUGGUAAAUAACGCUGGGAGAUCCAUACCUAUGGCCCCCACUGACUGGAUGCAGCUGGAUGAUUUCUACAAAACUCUGGAUGUCAAUCUAAUGGGGCUGAUUGGGAUUACCUUGAAGCUCCUCCCCCUCCUGAAAAAAAAUAGAGGAAGGAUUGUCAACGUGUCAAGUGUCCUGGGCCGCCUGGCAUUCCUAGGGGGCGGCUAUUGUGUGUCGAAAUGGGGAGUGGAGGCAUUCUCUGACACUUUGCGGAGGGAUAUGCAUCAUUUCGGAGUAAAGGUGAGCAUUAUCGAGCCAGGAUUCUUUAAGACAGGAGUAACUAAUAUAGGGGACAUUGAGAGAGACCUACACAGACUGUGGAACCAGCUGACUCCUGAGGCCAGAGACUCAUAUGGGGAGAAAUACGUCUUUGAUUAUUUAAGGCUGCAGAGGCUAUCCAUGAGAAGGCUGUGUGAUCCUGAUGUUUCUAAGGUCACAAAGUGUAUGGAGCACGCCUUGACUGCCAAGUAUCCAAGGACGCGCUAUGGAGUUGGAUGGGAUGCAAAGUUCUUGUGGCUCCCGCUCUCCUAUGCCCCCACGUUCCUCUCUGACGCGAUGCUGAGAAUGCUUUUCCCACUUCCAGCAGGCGACAGUAAUCCAGCAAAAAGAUAUCAAAUAGACGUUUAAGGCAGGUGAAGGUGCCAACGUUUUGAAGCAAACUGUUGUCUCCAUGGUGCUCUUAUGGAGUCUUCUAUCUUGCCUGGUGAAUAGAACUUCUCUGAAAUCUCAAAUCACACAAUCAUAGCAUUGUAGAGGUGGAAGAGACACAAAUCUAAAUGAAAUAAAAUGCAACUGCUCAGUGUUGUGGGGAAAUGUGCAUGUUCAUUUUUGCUUGUUUCAUAUUUCAAUGCCCUGGCAUUAAAAACAGAUGCUGGAACUGAGUCUUGGCACAAAUUAAGCCCCAAGAGUUUACAAUGUUGAGCUUCUUAGAAUUUUUUCUACUAGGAAAUUAUUGGUUCAGUACAUGAUUUGAUGUGCACAAUGGUCU